GGGAGGGGGGGGGGGAGUAAAAAAGGAAUCGAAUCGAAAGUGGAGUACAGUAAAAAGGAGACAGAGAAAGGAAAAGAAAGCAGGAAGAAUUUCCAUUUCAAAAAGCCCAAAAGAAAGAGAAAAAGAAAUGAAAAAUUAAAAAAAAAGUUCACACACACACACACACACAUUUACAAAUGCCAUUAAUAAAUACUCUCUCCAGCUUCCCUUUCCUAGAGUUUCAUUCAUAGUCCUCCUAGCUCAGCUUCCCUGAUAUUUGUUUAUUUAUAUGCGUACUUGCACAUUAACACCCUAAAAAAGGCUUCUUUUCUUCUUUCCUCUAGGAUUAGGACCAUCCCCUGAUUUCUACUCUCGUUACCCUUUUUUUUUUUUUUUUCGUCACCACCAGUAAUAAGAAGCAGAGUCUUCAACUAUAUUUGCAGCUUCGCUUGCUUGUUUUUUUCUUCCCCUCUCUGUUUCUGUCAGUCCUUUCCCGGCUUUUGAGGUCUUUCUAGCCGCCUUUGUGUUUUGAGGAAGAAUUAAAUCUCCAGAGUUUUCGUCCAGCAAACCAUAACACAACAGCAUUUAAGUGGGCUUGUCACUGUUUUUGUGCGGCGAUCGAGCACUAGUGUGGAGUGUGCUGUUUCCCAAUUAUUUGCCCGGCGUGCCCUGCAUUUAACACUCUGUUUUCAGACUCUCCCGGGAGCCUGCGAAAUCUUAAAUUGGCCAUAAUCAAUACUCUCAGUAAGUGGAGCUGCAGAAGAAGAAAGAAAGGCUUCCCCUUUACAUUGACUAUUAAGUCAUGUGUGCCUGAGUUGUUGUUGACACCAAACACGCAAUUCUUUGCUCUAUAGCACUUUUUAAAGAAGAGGUCGAAAACUGGCACGUUCCCAAUCUAUAAGACUAGUUUCUCUCUAAGAUCUGGGUUCGAGAAAGAGACAUCUCAAAACAAAGAUCUGCGAGUUUAGUGUAUUAGAGGGAUAAUCGAAGACAACAAUGUUGCCUCAGAAGCAAGCAGAGGAAUCAAUUGUCACCAACUUCAACGAUACGGUUGAGCCGGAAUCCGGCAGGGAGGAUUCACUCCAACAGAAAGACGAUGACCAGCCACUUUUCAGCGUCAAAACCUUCCUCUGGCACGGUGGCUCCGCCUGGGAUGCCUGGUUCAGUUGCGCCUCUAAUCAAGUGGCACAAGUGCUUUUGACACUACCAUACUCAUUCUCUCAAUUGGGAUUUCUAUCUGGGAUAGUAUUCCAAAUAUUCUACGGUCUGGUUGGGAGCUGGACGGCCUACCUUAUUAGUGUUUUGUAUAUUGAAUACCGUAGCCGCAAGGAGAAAGAAGGUGUCAGCUUCAAAAACCAUGUCAUUCAGUGGUUCGAAGUUCUUGAUGGUCUGUUGGGUCCUUACUGGAAAGCACUGGGCCUUGCCUUCAACUGUACUUUCCUUCUAUUCGGAUCCGUCAUACAGCUCAUUGCCUGUGCAAGUAACAUUUACUACAUUAACGAUCGACUGGACAAGAGGACAUGGACAUACAUAUUUGGAGCUUGCUGUGCCACCACAGUGUUUAUUCCAUCCUUCCAUAACUACAGGAUUUGGUCGUUUCUGGGACUUGGGAUGACUACGUACACAGCAUGGUACUUGACCAUUGCAGCUUUAGUUCACGGCCAGGUUGAUGGAGUGGUACAUUCGGCCCCGAAAAAGUUAGUGUUAUACUUCACCGGUGCCACCAAUAUACUAUACACGUUCGGUGGUCAUGCUGUCACUGUGGAAAUCAUGCAUGCAAUGUGGAAACCACAGAAGUUCAAGUACAUAUAUUUAAUCGCUACCCUUUACGUAUUCACACUAACCCUGCCGUCGGCCACCGCCGUUUACUGGGCUUUCGGCGAUCAACUUCUCAACCAUUCAAAUGCUUUCUCCCUUCUGCCCAAAUCCGGCUGGCGUGACGCCGCCGUCAUCCUCAUGCUUAUCCAUCAGUUUAUUACGUUCGGGUUCGCAUGUACGCCAUUGUACUUUGUGUGGGAGAAGGUAAUCGGAAUGCAUGACACGAGGAGUAUUUGUUUAAGGGCUCUGGCGAGGUUGCCGGUGGUGAUUCCGAUAUGGUUUCUGGCCAUCAUUUUCCCCUUCUUUGGGCCAAUUAAUUCUGCAGUUGGAGCACUUCUGGUCAGUUUCACCGUCUACAUCAUCCCUGCUCUUGCCCACAUGCUCACUUACAGGAAGGCAUCUGCCCGCCAGAACGCAGCUGAGAAGCCUCCGUUCUUCAUGCCCAGCUGGACUGCCAUGUACGCAAUCAACAUCUUCAUCGUGGGUUGGGUUUUGGUAGUCGGGUUCGGGUUCGGCGGGUGGGCUAGCAUGACCAAUUUUGUAAAACAAGUGGACACAUUUGGGCUCUUUGCCAAGUGUUACCAAUGCAAACCACCGGUACCUGCGCAGACGGCGGCGCAUCCCCCUGUACUUGCCCCGCCGCAUCACUGAUGACUGAUGAGUUUCACCACCAAAGGAAAAAAGAAAAUCUCAACCGUCGUCAAAAAAAGACAGACUACAAUUCCCUUUUUCCCCCCUACAUAUUUUGUAUUAUACACAGGGGAGGCAGUAAUAUUUAGUUAUUUACCUCUACAAUGUGAUGUGAGAUGUGUGCUUCUUUUCUUUUUUUUUUUUUGGUUUUUCUUUUUGUUUAAAUUUUUUUAGAAAGAGAAAUGUUAGAUUAGUAGUGUGGUUGGAUGUUAAUGAUGAUUCCUUUGCUACAAAAAAGAAGCAUAGGCCUAAUUAAUUAAAAAUCAAAAUAUGGUAGUGUUUUAAAAAUUAUCCGUCUUUCUUCUUUCAUUUAAUCCAUUUUUAUAUGUUUUGAGGAAUCGAAUAUUAUUAUUUAUACACUGUCCUCGUUGGAUGUGGGUUGUGAC